AUGAGACGAGCGGGUGGGAACCGAAAUGCCGAUCGACAGGGCCGCGGCCAGGGCCAGCAGGGUUCUCCCAUGGCCCCCCCCGGCCCCUCCAUGGGUUAUCCACCGCAUCAGCAUCAACACCACCAGUAUCACCACCAUCACCAACAUCACCAACAACAACACCAACCUCAACCUCAACCCCAUCAUCAUCAUCACCACCAUCACAAUAGCAGCUAUAGCAACGUCUAUGACGGGUCACGACCUCCACCGCACAGUAUGCAGCAAAUGCCGCCUCACGGAUUUGGUCAAGGUGGUGGAGGAGGUGGAAAUGGUUGGAACAGCCCACAACAACAAAUGCCAAUGUACAACCAAGGCUAUGGUCCUAUGGGACCUGGAGGCGUAAGCGGUUAUGGUGAUAUGGGUGGUGGCUAUCCGGAUAUGCAUGGUGGACAAUAUCCCCCAUCUCCAUCACACAUGGGCGGGGUAUCAGGUAUGUCUUAUAUGCGAAAUCCACCAUCGCAUGGUGGUGUACCACCUAAUGGACCGCUCCCCGGAGCUUAUGGCGGUCUCCCAGGUCAAGGUACUCCACAUCCAAUGGGAUACGGCCGAGGAGGACAACCUCCAAUGGAUCCUAUGCAACAAGGUGGAGCAGGUCCUGCUGGUGGAAGUGGCAUGUAUGGUGGAUAUCCAGACAAUCGUCUGAGUCCACCACCACAGGUGGGAUAUGGAUCAAAUGUAGGAGCACCGCUUCCACCUCCACCUCCACCCCCACCUCCUCCACCUCAAGGACCUUAUGUUGGUGGAAGCCCAAUGUCUCUUUCUCGACAUCCUGCUCCUGGGGUUGGUGCUGGAGGAGGAGGAGGUAGUGGUGGUUAUCCAGGUAUGCGUGGGAGAAGUAUAAUGAAUGAUCCAAUGGGACUCCCUAACGCUCCUCGACAUCCUAUUAUUGGAACUCCAGAUCCUGGUGUUGUAGGUGGUGGAAUGUCAUCAGGUCGUUUUAAUCAACAAACUGGUAUGAUGUCUCCUGGUAUGGUAUCACCAGUAGGUUUAAUGGGAGGAGGAAAUAUGCCACCUAUUCAACCUCCACUAAUGCCUACACAAAUGGAUCUUGGAGAUUCUACUCAUAUGAAAGGAUUUGAUCCUAAUGCUAUGACUGAAAACCUUUACGAAUUUCUUCGAGAACGAGAUUUGGUAUCUGUUGGUCCUCUCUCUUACUUUUUUCCAGAAGGAUAUGAUCCUAAAAAUGAUCCUCCAUUAAAAAUUGCGGUUGAUGGUAAUUUUUGCCUUACGAGCCUUCGUGACGAACUUCGGAAGAGAGAUCCAUUAUGGUUCUUACACUCUACUCUUCCAGAAGAAUUACUCGGAUUAGUGUGGCAUCACGUAGAAUGGAUGCGAAGCUUAAAGUUGGAACCUAUUUGGGUUUUUAAUGGACUCAGUGUGAGUGGUGAUGUUGAAACCUUCUUAACAACAGAAUCAGAACUUCGAGCGCGUGAUGAGGUUUGGAGUAGGUUGGAAGAAGGUACUAUACCAGGAGUAAUGGAAAUUCAAACCGCAUUUGAUCAGCCUUUAGGAGAAGAUGUUCAAAUGGCUGUUGUGCGUUAUUUGCAAAAGGAGCUGAAUGUAUUGACUGUUACAGCUCCUUUUCUUAAUUGGGCUCAAAUGGUUGCCUUUCACAAGGAAGGAGUUGCAGAUAUUCUUUUGGGACCUCCAGAAAUGAUAUUACUUCCAUAUAAUGAAAUGAAAUUUAUUAUGCAAAUUGAUGUUUCUAGUACAAAUGUGCACUUUCUUGAUCGGGAUAGAGUUCUUCGGGCACUUUUUCCGCAUCAUGUUACGGAAACCGAUACAAAAGUGGCUGGAGAUAGGUUGAUGGAUUUUGGUUUAAUUACCGCGACAAACCCUGCACUUUCUUCUACUCGAGUAGCCCUUAAUUUAACAAUGCAAGAAGUUUAUGAAGAGCUUUCCGCUAAAGUACCAAAAUUCUCAACAAUUAAGGAGUUUAUAGGUGAAAACGCUACUGUACCUGACGUAAAUAAAAAGAAGGGCAGUCCUAUUAUAAAACAUUUUAAAGGUCGAGGAUACCUUCGUUAUUGCAGCGUUUUUUCAACAAAAACUCCAGGUAAUCCUAUGGUAUACCUUAUGCGGGUUCUUGAACCUUCAUUAACAGAUGAUGAUAUGCCAGGUAUUCUGGGUGCGGUACUAGGUAAUCGUGUCCCACUUUCUUUGUUUUACUUGCAAUUUGUUGGACUCCUUCCGGUUCAUAUCAUGACAGUCGUAACUCAAUUAUACCUCCGUGAUGAAUGUCCCGUUUCAGACACCAAAGAUUACCAUGAAAAAUUGGAAUUUCUUAUGACAAUGCGAAGUCAAAUCAUUGCACAAAUAUUUAAUAAAAUUGCAGAUGACAAAAGUUCUAAGAGAACAGAAUCUUUUUCAUGGGUACGUUGGUAUGAUCCUAUUUUGUCAUCCAUUAAUCGACCAAAAGAUCUUAUCGAUUUGGACGAAUGGGAUGUUUCACAUAGUGACGAGGUAAGACAACUUGAUGAUGAUCACUUGGAAAAUUAUAGCAUCGCUUCUGUCCUCAGCUUCAGUACAGAUGCUGCAAGACCAGUACGAGAUGAAAAUACAUCUUCCCCUUGUAAAAUGCCUGUUCGAUAUCAUGGUAAAAAAGAAACAUUAUUUGCUAUUUUACUAAAAGUAUUUGACUUCCUUGGAUACUUUUCUCAUUCGGCAACAACACCGGAUAUGACUGGUGAAGGGGAAGAAGGAAUGAGUCAAAUGAUGAAUGAAGAUGGUGUUGCCCCACAACCUAUUUGUGAUAGCAAUGCAUAUAAUGAAGGUAUGGGAAUGCAAAAUCAUGAUAUGUAUUUGGAUGAAGGACUAAAUGAAUAUCCAACAGUGUAUUUCCCUACAUUCUUAAUGAAUACAAUUAAGCAUAAUCCGCAAUCAUUUCAAACUGCUUUUGUGAUAUUAACAGAACUUCUUCGAGUUGGAAUUAUUGGUAGUUUACCAUGUCGAUACAUUAACCCAGAAGAUCAAAAAGAAGCAAUUCCUAUGGAAGGUCAAGAAGCUAACUCUGAUUCUCGUGUUUUGCUCGCUUCACGAAUUGCCUGUCUUGUCAAUUUACCUUAUCACCGUCCAAGUGAAGAUUUACCUUUUAUCUGGGCACCUGUUUACAGUCGCCAUCUUUGUGCAUUUACGGUAAUGGUGCGAGCCAUGUGUCGUUGUUUGCGUGAGUUAGUGGAGGUGAUCACUACUACUAUAUUUCUUUCUGGUAGCAGCAGUUGUUCAUUAAGUGAACUCGCCUCCUUUUCCUCACUACUCCCUUUUGGCGGUGUACCCUCCGCAAUUGGUGGGCUUCUUCUUCACUACGUCCUUGUCUUUCCAGCAGACUAUCAAGCCAACCUCACCACACGUGAGGAGCGUAUUGAAUAUCUCCAGCAGAAGUUCCGUGAUAUCCCUGAUCUUGGUUUACACCUACGCACAGUCAUGACGUUUACACUCCGAGCCCUUUAUCUCAUUAACGCCUACAGUGUGAGUGAUAAGGCCGCCGUCCUGCCGAAUGAUCUCCUCAUUGACGACCGGAUUCAAUCUACGAUAGUGUUGAUGUGGGAGAAGUGGGCCGACCACUUUGACGACGAACCGCCAGAGGACAUCCACGGUUUAUACGAUGUGGGCAAUAAUGGUCUUCAGAGGAUUUAA